AUGCAGGCCAUCCAGAUCCUGAUUGGAUUGUUGCAUAUCGGCUUUGGGAGUGUUCUAGUGACUUCAGUAAUUGGGGGACACAUUUCAAUCUCUUUUUGGGGAGGGUAUCCCUACUGGGGAGGAAUCUCGUUUAUCAUUUCGGGAACCUUGACUGUGCUAGCCCAGAAGCCACCAAUCACUUCUUGCAAAACAAAUGGAAGUUUGGGUGCAAAUAUUGUCAGUGCCAUCUUCUCAGCCGUGGGUGUCAUCCUUCUAAUCACAGAUUUCAGUAUCAACUGGGGAAGGUAUUCUUACUUUGACUCUACCAGCUAUUAUUACUACUACUACUAUUCAGGUGUGGCUUCAGCAAUGGGGAUCUCAGCUGUGUUAUUCCUCUUUUCUGGCCUGGAGCUUGUCGUCAGCAUCUUUUCCUCUCAUGCUGGGUGCCAAGUGGUCUCCUCCCAGACCAACCAGGUGGCUGUGGCUGUGGCUAUACCUGUUCCUGGGACUCACGGGGCACCUCCAAUGGGCAUCCCUCAACCAGCAGUCAAUUCUUUAGUUUAUUCAAGUGAGGUCAACAGUCAACAAUAA